CCACCUACGAGCAGCUUACCCCCACUUGUUCGCUUGGCGCUUUGCUCCACAGAACAGGUCUCGGACGCUUUCCAGAAUCUACGUGCCAUCUAUUGCCGCAACACCUUCUCCGUCGCGCCCACACUGCUCCGGAAGCACCUGCCAAAUCAUCUUCUGCACGACAAGUCCGUGCCAGAUUCUGGUUAUGCUUCUGCUGAUGACGAAGACGAGGGCGGUGCGGAUUCCCCCGAGGUCGAGGUCGAGUCAGACGCAUUCGAUAUCGACGUCCUCCGUUCCGACGCUUUCGAACGCGACUUUGCCACCCGAUGGCUCACCGGCUUCAUAGCACGUUCAGACGUAUGGGUCACUUCUGUUGAUUCAGACGCACGCGCUGCGUUGGUAGACGACGCCGCGUCGAUUCUCGCUGCUUUUGCUGGAGACGAUGAGGAGGAAGCCCUUACCCGUCGCUUCACGUUCGAGGGCGGUAUCGAUGUGGAGCUCAACGAUGCACCGCUUUUGACCGAGGAUCAUACAUCUGUCGGUUUGCAGAGCUGGGGCAGCUCCAUCCUCCUCGCAGAGCGACUGUGCGCUAAUCCGCAUGCGUUCGGACUGUCCAUCCGUCAAGACCAAACCUCCCUUCGAGUGCUCGAGCUCGGCGCGGGUACUGGCCUGUUGAGCAUCGUCGCUGCCAAGAUCCUCCGAGCACAACGUCUCGACGACACGACAUCGAUCGUCGUCGCAACCGAUUACCAUCCGUCCGUCCUUGCGAACCUCAGAUCUAACGUUACCACGAACUUCGGCACUGUUGAUGGCCUGCUAGUGGUCCGAGCGCUCGAUUGGCAGUACCCUGUGCACGAUGGGCCAUUCGCAUUGCCCUUCGGUGUCAUUCUCGCUGCAGACGUGAUUUAUCAUCCGGAGCACGCCCGCUGGAUCAAGAAAUGUGCUGAACACCUCCUUACCCGCCCCGAUGAUGUAUCCGUAGGGGGUAUCUUCUGGCUUAUUAUCCCGCUAAGACCAACAGGAAGACACGAAGGCAUGAGCAACACGGUCGAAGAAGUGUUUCCCCAGGUCUCACAGCAAGACAGGGACAGCACAGUGCACACUUCCAAACUCGAGCUGGUAAUCCUCGAUAUGCAGAAGCUGGCACGACACGAGGGAGUAGGCAGAGCAGAUGAGGGCGGAUAUAAGUUAUAUCGGAUUGGCUGG